GUGUCAAUGUGCCUUUGUCUGGCAGUCUCGCCUCAGAUCUUUCAGACAGCUGCACAGAAAGGACCCAGGAGGCAAGGGCGAGUUACAGAGAAAGCAGCCCAGAUCACAAUCUGGAGAUGUCGGAGUUGCAAGAAGUUCAAAUAACAGAGGAUAAUCCUCUUAUCCUGGACCCUUUGAAGGCAGCUGAGCUUGCAGCAAAACUACUUCAAGUGCAAGAGCAGAAGCAUUCUAUCGAGACUCCUUAUGGAAUGGUGACAGUGACCAUUCAGGGCACCCCCAAACCCAAGCGGCCAGCGAUUGUAACAUUCCAUGAUGUAGGGAUGGACCAUAAAAUGUGCUUUGAAACUCUCUUUAACUAUGAGGACAUGUAUGAGAUUGUGAAGAAUUUUGUCGUUUGCCACAUUGAGGCUCCAGGACAAGAGGAGGGGGCAGCUGUCUAUCCUGUUGGGUAUCAGUAUCCGUCACUUGAUCAGCUGGCUGAAACCAUCCCAUGUGUGCUGCAAUACCUGAAUUUCCCCAGUAUUAUUGGGAUUGGUGUAGGUGCCGGCGCUUACGUUCUCGCCAGAUAUACGCUGUCACAUCCCAACACAGUGGAAGGUCUAGUUCUCCUUAACAUUGACCCCAAUGCCAAAGGCUGGAUGGACUGGGCAGCACAUAAGCUAACAGGUCUCACAUCAUCGAUCCCAGAAAUGAUUCUGUCUCAUCUCUUCAGUGCAGAUGAGAUUUCGGGGAAUUCAGAGACUGUGCGACAGUACAAAACAAGCAUUUUAAACUCUCCUAUUCUGAGCAACAACCAGCUGUACUGGAACAGCUACAAUAGUCGUCGAGAUCUGAACUUGGAACGUGGAGGGGAUGUCACCUUAAAGUGUCCUGUGAUGCUAGUGGUUGGAGAUCAGGCCCCUCAUGAGGAUGCAGUGGUGGAAUGUAACUCAAAACUGGAUCCAACACAGACCUCAUUCCUGAAGAUGGCGGAUUCUGGUGGACAGCCACAGAUCACACAGCCUGGGAAGCUCGCUGAGGCUUUCAAGUACUUUGUGCAGGGAAUGGGAUACAUCCCCCACAUCCUGGAUAAGAAGCGCAGUACGGGUGGCUUCCUCCUGCAUGACUCGUCUGUCACGCUCCCGAACCGCCUCUCUUUCCAGCGAGGGGAAUCGCUCACGCUCUCGUACCCUGUCCCAGAGCAGCGAGUCGGGGGGAGGACCAACCGGAACGUUCACGGAGGUGACCUGCUGAGAAGUCAUAACGCUGGGGACAUGUGAUCGCUCCGACUCUGCGUGAGGGGAAAGGCAUUUUAGCAGAGCUACUUGUGCUAAUUAGAAAACUAAAAACAAAACCCAGUCUUCACAUGGAAGAUAACAAGAUGUCUGUACCUGUCUAUCUUUAUCUCCUAUUUCAAGAUUUUUAUUGUCCCUUUUUUUCUGAUCACUUUGCCUUUUCUUAUUUUAUAUUUACAAUUCGUAUACCUUUGUAAUGAAACUUGCAGGGUUUUCUUGCCUUGCCUUAGCCUAUAGAUGUAUAGACUAACCUGAGCUUGCAAUGGGGUAGCUAGAAACUAAUGCUUUCUUCCUCCAUGUAUUUCUUCUACACUUGUUUUCUUUUCCUGUUGUCCUUCCCUUUGUCAAACUCUCCAUGGUCAGGCAGACUACAGGACAGCGUUUUACAUCGCUCCUCCAUGUGUUUUUAUAAAUCAUUUUUUGUUCCCCUAACAAGCUUUAUCAUCCCUCUUCCCUGGCACAUAACAAUAUGUUGUAAUAUGGGGUAACAUCACCUCCUAACACUCUUGUUGCCCAGGAGAGAGUGAAGUGGGCUGAGAAACUUGUUGGGAGAGAUCUCAAAGGUCCAACCACUGGAAUACUCUUAUAAUUCUUGAGGUCACUGUAUAGAUUGCAGCACAGUGGAGACUUUUCAUGCUACUAAGAUGCAUAGAGCUGCUGUCCUUUACUGUACAUGAUGCCCUUUACCUUACAAGUUGUAGUAUUUGGUCAACUUUUUUUUUUUAAUGUUGCAGUAACUUCCCUGCUGCCACUUGCUCAAGGUCGCUUCUGUGAGUCUUAGGGGUGUCUUUACUAGUUUAGACUAGCAGUUACUCUUCAGUUAUAAAAAAAGAAAUAAAAAAAAUACAUGUAGAUAAAGCACAUGAUAGAGGCUUUUUUUUUUUUUUUCUAAAUAAAGGUGUAGAUUGGUGAGGGGCGUGUAUAGUGAUAAGGUUAGCGAUGCACAGUCCUCCAUCUAGUUUGAAUUGGCAUUCUACCAGUAACAGCCCUGCUGUCAGCACAAGCAUGUGAUGUUACUACCUGCUGUCCAGGCAGGAGAGCAGUGGUAGAUUAAAAUUUGGUGUUCGUUAUUAGAAAGGUUUGGGGGCAACAGCUGGGACUCUUCCAGUGUCAUCAGACUUCAGUCAUUCUUGCCAGCAGUAUGCAGCUUCACAUAUUUUGGACUGCUAAAAUGUCUUCUUUUUAAUGCUGCUCUGUCAGCGUUUAAUUGUCUUGAGAUUGCUAAAUUGUAUACUCGGCAAUUAAGAUUACCUGCUAAUGCCAAGUUCAGAACAGGAUUAAGUUAAUGAAAUGCUCAGUACUGUGUGUAUGGGAACCCAUUGUGCUAACACAACACUCAGUAGAUCAUUAUAUUGCUUUUGACUACUUGUCCUUGACCACUUCUGAAGCUCAUAAAACCAGAAUCUAUACAUACAUUUUCAUUUAAGGAGGAUUGUCACACAUAUUGCUUACAUUAAAGGCACAUGCUACUUUAUGAAUUAUGUACAUUUUAAAAUAAAAUCCUUUUUUAAUUAUGUGUAUGGAUUUAGAAGAGUUGCACAUUUGAGAAGAAGGGUAGACCAGCCUUGGUUUUCCAGCUGUUUGCCCUAUUUCAGGCCCUAGUGUGCUGAUUGAUGGACUUCCUGUUUAAACAAAAUCAUUUUUCACAAUAAAGUACUGAUUUAAGACUGUAAACAGUAGGUGUGUUUUAUGUAAUACUGUAAUACUAUUGCUACAUAUAACUAAACAGUAGGGGAAGAUGUAUCAAGUCUUGGAGAGAGAGAUCAAGUGGAGUAGUUGCCCAGUGCAGCCAAUCCUAACUGAUUUAUGAGGGAGAUGUACUAAGCAGUGAAAAGGGGGAUUGGUUGCCAUGAGCAACUUCUCCACGGGCUCACUUCUCCACUAUUAUCACUGCUUAGUACAUCUCCCUCAUAGUCUUUGAAAUGACCACUGGUAGUUUCUGUUUGGGUAACUACUCCACUUUAUUCAUGGCGUAAUACAUCCUGCCAUAUAUGACCUACUGGGCACUCUAUAAGCUCCACACAACAUUGGACAAAGUGUAUUAAACAACUGCAGCACAGAAUAAAGGGAAAGGCAGUCUGUGACAAGUUGCUGCCUUUGUGUGUUUCACAAACACACACCCGCACACCAAAGUUUCCACUAAAGCAAACGUUCUCCAUUUGAAAGAGUGACCUAUACAUCUUUACAUGUAACGGACAGAAGAGAAUGAGCAACGUCAUGGCUUGCUUGGAUGUUCGGAUGGUGGAUGUACAGAAGGGGGCAUUCUGUAUAGGAUUUAUUUUGUUGUUCUUUAUCUGUUUUAUUUUUCCCUCACACUGAAAAAUAAAAUAUUAAACAAAG